GACCCUGUGCAUGAAUGACCUGGAAGGUAAACCAUUAACUUUCCUGUUAAUCUUUGAGCCCUGCGGAACACCGAGACCCCGAGACCCCGCUUCCUUUACCCCGGACCGGCGACCGCUCUGUCUGCUGCUCUGCUGAUCUCGGCGGACUAGACCGACCAUGGAGAUUUCAUUUGCAGAGAAACGAGCUCUAGUCACCGGAGCAGGAAAAGGGAUCGGCCGGGCCACGGCUCUGGCUCUGGCACGCUGCGGGGCAAAGGUCACGGCACUCACACGUACGCAGGAUGACCUCAACCGUCUGGUGCAAGAGUGUGCGUCCAUCACCCCGGUGUGUGUGGACCUGGCAGACUGGGGGGCCACGGAGGCGGCCCUGCAGGAUGUCGGCCCCAUCGAUCUGCUGGUGAAUAACGCCGCCUGUGCCAAUCUGCAGCCAUUUCUGGAUGUUACACCCGACCAGUUUGAACAGUCAUUUAAUGUGAAUGUGAAAGCUGUGCUCCAUGUCUCUCAGAUAGUGGCUCGUGGCAUGAAGGCCAGACAAUCAGGAGGCUCCAUCGUGAACGUGUCCAGCCAGGCCUCACAGUGUGCCCUCCGAGACCACGCUGUCUACUGUGCAACUAAAGCAGCCCUGGACAUGCUGACUAAAGUGAUGGCUCUCGAGCUGGGACCCCACCAGAUCCGUGUGAACAGUGUGAACCCCACAGUGGUGAUGACUGAGAUGGGUCGCCUGGGCUGGAGUGACCCCGAAAAAGCCAAGACCAUGACGUCCCGCAUCCCUCUAGGCCGCUUCGCAGAGGUGGAGGACGUCGUAAACAGUAUCCUGUUCCUGCUGAGUGAUAAGAGCAACAUGACUAAUGGAGUUACUCUGCCGGUGGACGGAGGCUUCCUGGCCUGCUGACCAACACCAGCCUGGUCGCAGCACACAUCCCCCAUCUGCUCUGAGGGAAAAGAACUACUUCCUGUCUUAUCACCUCACCGCAUUACACAAAUAGAGGUCAAUGCUAUUCAGUAAUUAAACUCAGCCAACCUCUAA